AUGCCUCGUGUUACCCAUUUUGACACCGACGUUGGCCGUCUCCCCAAUGGGAUGGAAAGGAUUUCGUAUGACGAUAGGACUAACAUGUAUACCUUCCGUGCGGCGGAUGGGACCCUUUGGGAGAGUUCCUCAGGCAAUGCCUAUGGGGAACUGACCGAAGUUGGCGUUCGCACGCCGGCGAACCCGGAAUUCGUCAUCCGGAACCCCCAAUUCUAUUCUCCAGCUGAGGUUCGACGUGCUACUGACUUGUUCCCAUCUAGGCGUCCCAGCACACCCCCACACCAUCGUGCCGCCGACGCGUUUACACGGGGGAUACCCACGCGUGCAGCAACGACUAGACGUCCCGCUGGCCCUUCCGCAGAAGCAAGACCUCGAUCAGCAACGACUGGUACACGUCCCGCUGCUCCUCGCCAAGAACGUCGACCAACUGCUCCUCGCCAAGAGCAUCAAUCGGCCGCUCCACGACAACGUCAGUCGACCAGACCUCGUGAAGAACGUCGGUCGACUGGUCCUCGGCAACCUCAAUCGGCCAGACCCCGUCAACAACGUCGGUCGACUGCUCCUGCUCGACAACCUGGUGCUCUUCAGAGAACGGCUACAUCAUGCCUGACUUCGCUUCGUCAACGAGCACGGUCCGUCCGGAUCACACUCACUGGAAGUGUGAGCAAGACACUGGAGGAGGCCAAGGCUGCCAUCAGCAAAAUCUGA